CAGGAUUGUUGUUUAAAGUUUUAAUGUCGUUUGAUUCAUUAUGUGUUAUUAAAAUAUAAAUUUACUCUAUGUUUGUAAUUUGCAUGUUUAAUAGUGAAAAUAAAAAAAGAAAGCUAGACUUUUAAUUGCAUCAAAAUAAAGUUUGGAAAGCAAAAGUCACACAGUGUGUUACAUCGUCACUUUAUGUUUAAUAUACCUUUUAUGCGAUUUGGAUAAUUGCAACAAAUUUAAUAAAAUUUGUUAAACAAUACUAAAACGAUUACUGGGACCACAACAUUUGCAAAAAAUAAGUUAAAAGGUUGAAGCAAAUCGCGUGCAUUAUAAUGUCAAAAAGACCGACAUUAGUUUGAGCAAUAUUUUAGAGUUAAUUUUCGCAAUUACUUUCGCAACUUGUACUUCUUGACAAAUUUUAGAUUCAAAUUGCUUUAAAAAUGGAUUUAGAUGUUAGUCCUACAUCAGUGACUCCAAAGAAACGAAGAAAAAUUUCGUUGGAUAAUAAAAUGGAGGUUGUUUCUUCCUUACUAAACCAAUGGGGAUUUCCAGAAUUAAUUCAGCUAUUCAAAGAUGAGGAAAUAGAUAUAGAUGCUUUACUUAUAAUGCAACCUGAAUUUAGAAAGCUUGUGACUACUAAAUUGUCAAUUGGUCGACAAAUUAAAUUUACAAAAUUUUUAGAAGAUUGGCAAUUUGAACAAGCUAAUAAAACAUUAAACAUAAACUCUGAAGGAGAUAUUCAAGCUCAUGUAGAUAACUCUAUUGAAUGUAAAUCAGAAACAUCGCGUAGGAACAGCUUUUCAAAAUCAAAUUGCACAGAACUACUAAAAAUAUUAAACAGUUGUUAUGAUGGUAAAACUAUAUUAAAGUUACAUAGUAAAAGUAAGGAUUUAAAUGAAAGCGCUAGGAAUACUUUAUUAAAUUUAAUUUCAACAUAUUAUAAUAGUAAAAAUGGAAAUGGAAAGUUGUCGGAGUUAUUAGCGGAUCAAGUAAAAACUUUGUUUCCUGGUGAAAAUAGGGAUAUGUAUCUUCUAAAGAAGAAAAAUCGAUCAAAACCUAUAAUAAAAAUUUAUAAUAAAUUUGCUAACGGAAAAGGAAAAUUAACAAAAGCGGAUAUUUUACAAAAAAUCCACAAGAAACGUUCUCCUAGAAAAUCCAAAUCCCCAUCGAAAUUGCCUUAUGGGAUCGAAGAGGGUGCAAAACAACAUAAUUUGUAUUUGUUGUCAAAUACAUGCCCUUGGGCCGACGUUGAAGAACGAUGGGUAAGAUGUCAAAAAUUCAGAGCAAAUUUUCUUAAUGAGCACUCAACAGAACAAAUUCUAAAAAUAUGGCCAUCUUAUACUCAGCCAUUGGGAUACCGUUUAAUUGAUAAAGAUUAUGAGUUUAAAUAUCCGCAUUCAGAAAGCUUAAUUGAAAAGUGGCCAAAUUUUGAGAUAGCUAUUUUACCCAUUUUAAAAAAUCAGCUUAAAAAACCGAAUUUGGUAACUCAAAUUGAAGAACUUGAUAAAUUAACUAAUAAAGAUGGUAAGGUUGCUUCGAUAUUUUUGCUUCUCCACCAUAUUUUAGUUCCAACGAGUAAAUAUAUGGCUAAAGAUAGUUCUGGGAAAAAAAUUUCAAAGAAGUAUACAAUUGAAGAUUCUCAGGAAUCAUUUAUAAAAAUUGCCUCAAAUAAUACUAAAGUUCAAGAAAAAUUAAAUGAAUUGCGUGAGCAAGCAUCUCCUAUUCAACCUUUUAUAUUUUUUGUAGGUGAAAGCAUAUACGAUCCUACUGAAAUAAUGGUUUAUUUCGAUGACAUAAAAUAUAAAUGUUCUUCAACAUUAAAAGCAGUUGAUAUUUGUUUCAAAAUAUUUCAUGUUUUUAAUUUAGAAUAUCCACCAGCUGCUUUCACAUUUUGGACAUUUGUUCAAACAUAUAUUUAUAAUGUUUAUACCGAAUAUGAUGUUGAUUGCAUAAGUGCUACUAAUCUAAAAGAAGAACUUGAAAAAGAUGCUGAAACUAGCGUCAAUUCUAAGGUUGAAGAAAAAGAAAAACAAAAAAAUUAAACAAUAUGUGUAAGAUUUUGUGAUACAUGGAUGUUUCUCAAGCAAAUCCUGUGGAAACCAUCGAAUUUCAAUAAAACCACAACAAAAUAAAAUAAAGUCUAAAUAAAUUGAAAAAACUCUAAAAUAAAGUUAUAAAAUAUUAUCCUUUAAAGAUUAAGUUUAAUAUAGAUUUCAAUGAAUACUCUAAAUUAGAAACUUAUGAUUUUCAUUCUUCAAACCUAUUCAAAUUUGAUUUAUUAAACUAAAAAUUAAUUUUUUUCAAAAUACAGUACGUAAAGUUGAAGUUAUUUAUGAAAUUUUAUAAAAUAAAUGUUACAAUAUAUUUUCAUAAGGUACGAGUGUAAGUUAGUUUAAAGUAGACGUAUUUUAAGAAUUUUUUUUUGGUGUAGUAGCAUUCAUGCUAUUAAGUCUUUAAUGAUGGAUAAAUUAAUUUGAAUUUCAAAUUUAAUUUUAUCAUGGCGGGUAAGAAAUAUAAAUUUUUUAACUAAAAAUUAACGUAAAAUGCAGCAAUAUAUAAAAAAUAAACUUUGCGAUAUGUAAAGGUUUGAAAAACUAAAAAAACGAAACUUAAAAAUAUAAAACACUGAAAAAUAUAAUUUAGGUUAAUGUGAAGUUAAAUUUAGAUAGUGAAAUCUUUUAUUUUUGAGAUAUAUAUUUUAUUAUUUCUUUAAAAUGGAAUUCCAA